GGGGGGCUCGUCGGGGAAGAGACCAUGAGCCACCCGCCCUCACACAUGUUCGACCCCUGGAACCAAUCACCAAGGUACAUGUCGCAUUGAGCACCCCUCACCUGUCCUCGCCCCUCUCGCAAAUCCUGUAAGCCUGCCAACUACCUACCGUAUUUCAAGUUGAUCAGGGCCUUGGCCACUGUGCGAGUGUGCUGCGUCGACGGGGCGCCAAACAAACCGCCUGUGAAUUUUACACUGCCUCAUAUCGCAUCACAUCACAUUCGGCAACCAUUUCCCAUCUUCUACCUAGCCGCAUUUUCACAUUGAUUCGAAGCCCCCCGGCGCAUCAGUGGGGAGUGGCAUCGCUGUUCGGAGCUUCAGCUUGCAGUGCUCUGGAGGGUCGAGGCGAUAAAAGGCAGACAUGCCUCGGCGACACCAGGUUCGCAUGGCAUGCCAGCGCUGCAGGAGAAAAAGAGCCAAGGUGAGCAUGAACCCUGGGGAUAUGCCCCGUUAUUUCCCCUUUGGCGGAUGCCGUCACUUCCUCUGCCCCCGCGACGUUUCGUCGGAGUCCUGUCCGUGCUGCCCGCUCGCGACGUAGUCCCGUUGAUCUCUCGCUGUGAUGGUGAAGACCCUUGCGAAAGGUGCAAGGAGGCAGGUCUGGAGUGUCUCUUCGACCACUCGCGGCGGGAGUCCAAGGACGACCUUCGCGCCGAAAUCGAGCGGUUGCGGCGGACCAACGAGCGUAGCGAUGCUCUUCUCGACGCCCUCUCCUCCAUGGACGAUGCCGACACGUACCACAUGGUGGCACAGGGCCUCAUGGACGGCACCGUCACGCGCCUGUCCAUAUACAACGACCUCCCCGGCCACAUGAGGGUUUCUGGAGCGCCUCUUUCCAUUUCAGCCGGCAUCAUCGCACAAGCUAUCCAUGGAAAUUCGCAGGCGACUUCGUCCACUGACGCCUCCGUCUCUGAUAUCCGACCGUCAACUUGCCCGCACUGUAGCGGCGCCUUGCCCUCUGCGUCGGCCACAGAUGAUACAUAUAGCGACGGAUUCUCCGGCCGGACGAGCGAGCGCCUCCGGUCGGUCGACACACUCUCCGAAACCAACCGUAUCACGACGACGCCAGGGUCCGGUGCGGGCUCUGUUCCCUCGCAGCUGUCCACAUCCGGGGACGAGAACCUACACGGCGCGGCCUCUUGGACCCGCACCGGAUGGUCAGUUGCGAAGGUCCGGGACCACCUCGAGUCGCUUCUUACGUGGGACUAUCUGCCCUUCUGCCUCCUCUGCAAGGACCCCUUUCUGCGGGACUUUUCCAGUGGAGAGGGGCGUUACUGCUCUCGGGCGCUCGUCAACUCGCUCCUCGCCCUGUCGAUGCAGGUUUUGGGCGAGCAUCCUCAUGCCUGUCCACAGCGGCGCCGGUCAGACCAGGAAAACCACCCCGUCACUGCGGCCGAAAUCGGCUCUUUCUCCUCUGCCACGUCUGAUAGCCAGGCUUUGUACGAGGAGGCCGAGGCCCUGAUAAACGGCCAGGGGCGGCCGGGCAGCCUCCCUGAUAUUCAAGCCCUCGGCAUGCUGGCGCUGUAUCAAGUCAGCUGCGGCCGUGAGGCGGAGGCGAGAGAGCUUUCCGAAUCAUUCGCCGCGGCGAUGACGGAGCUAUGCCUUCGAGAGCCGCCCGCUGCGGACAAGCAUGGCAGCCAGGACGCACUUGUACGCGCGACGACAUACUGCGGCGCCAUCUCGCUCGUCCGAAUACUCAAGCUCUUGACAGCACAACCUGCCGGGGUUCACAUCGCGAUAUUGCAGGACGACGGGGUCGCCCUUGACCAGCCCCCUUGCGUCUACGAGCCGAGCAACUCGCCCGUACAGUCUAUGGAAUGCAAAUCACUGACGGCUGAGCACGCGUCCCAACUCAGCAGCCUGCAGCUUAUUCCAGCCAAGAUCUUUCAACUCACCGAAUGGGUAUAUAAACUCCUCGCGGCGUCGCCGUCGUCAUCGUCGCCGUCGCCGUCGCGCGCGACCACGGCCGAUGAGGUCGUGUUGACAUACUACCGAUGCCUCGACUGGUACGAGAGCUUCUUUGCGAUGCUCAAGACUGACGGGAGCAACUCUCCAUUCGUUCUUUUCAUCCACAUGUAUUACCAAUUCUGCUUGCUCUCUCUUUUCCGACCCCACGUCAGCACGCCGCUUGAAGGGCUCAAUGCACAUCCGCGUGAGAUAUCUCUGCAAGCCGCGCAGUCGAUUCUCGCGCUCUCCCAGUCGUACGCCGGAAUGUUCGGCUUGCAGCACGUGUCCCCCCUAGUGCCGUACUUUGUGUGCGCGGCGGGUCUGCUGAGCCUGGCCGUCGAGGAGGCCGGGCACGGUAUGCUCGGAGCCGUACCCAUGCCCCCCCAGCUUAAGGACCUCGGCGACGAGGCUGCCCUCAGGAUGGCCGAGUCGCCGGAGGAUGCCAUCAAGAAGGAGUCUGACGACAGUGCGAUGGACGUGGAACCCGAACACGGGGGCACAUCGAGUGGCGGGCAACGCAACCGGCAACUGCGGCGACAAUCACACAUCAUCAACAUGCCAGCGGUGGCGCAAGCGCGGCUGUUGCUCUCUGAGAUGAGCGCCGCGCACCCUGUGGCCCAGCUCGCGGAAGGGAUGCUUCAUAGGGCACCCGGCAGGAACUAGACCGACGUGUCGACACCAGACGCGGGCGUCGCGAUACAUGCAGAUUGUUGCCAUGGGAAGACUUUAUCGUGCUACAGCAAGGUGAUGGGAACUUUUUUGUUGCGCUGGGUGCACGCGGUUCAGGUUCCAUAUCAGGAGAGGUCACGGCGGGUUUCCUGGUUUCCCCCAUUUCUUUACAAUGGCUCUCAAAGCGAAGCGUUCCAAUUGGGGAGGAGCGCAUGACGAUGACAUAUGAUCGUUCUAAAAAAUUUGAGCAAGGCGCACGGUAUGUUAGUGGGUAUCACGGUGUGGGAUGAAGGUCAAGUACGCUCUCAUUUUGGAGAGACUUGUAUAGAUCGGCCCGAUGCCGUCUACUCGCAAACUUUUCAAUUCAGAGCUGGGUAGCGUAUCACGUCGGUAUACUAUGGCCUGACGGGGCUGACUAGAGCAUGGUAUGGGUGUAGAAAUAUUAUUACCGAAUUAAGGAGGUAUCUA